AUGGCUACGGCCGAUUGGAAUCCUCUUGGAGAUGUUUAUUACAGGAAAACAGAAAUUUAUUCAAUGGAAUGGGCAUCUGAGAUACAUAUUGAUCUUACCAAAAGCAAAAUAGCAGUUGCACAAUUUGCUGGACCGAUAGCCAUUAUUCGAGAUGAUAGCAAAACGGGAAGAGUGCCAAAUACAAAACCAAUUCUUUAUGUCUACAAUGCAGCAGGAAAAGAGAUUAGUCAUAUGAGAUGGAGCAGUGGGAAUUUGCUCCAGAUUGGUUGGACGUGUUCUGAAGAUCUUCUCUGUGUCCAGGACGAUGGAGUUGUUCUCAUCUAUGAUUUGUUUUGUAAUUUCAAGAAAACAUUUGGAAUGGGUGAAGAAGCAAAAGCAGUGAAAGUCAAAGACUGCAGAAUCUUCCAAGGUGUCCAUGGAACAGGUGUGGCCAUACUUACAAAUUCUCAUCGGAUAUUUUUAGUGAGCAAUGUGGAUGACCCAAGGAUUCGACGGUUUGCUGAAAUUCCUGGUUAUCAGCCAUCCAUUACCAGUUGGGCAACAAUAAACAUUGAUAGACAGACUAAGGUCAUUGUAGCCAGUGGAACAGAACUUACAAUGCUGGAUAAUGGAGGACAAUCUGUGACUUUGCCUUUUCCACCUCACAACUGGCAGGCUGGAUCUGUUAUUGAUAUAGCCGUAUGUUCUGAGAAAACUCUAGUUGCCUUUUAUACUGCAACAGGUUUGAUUUGGGUAGGAUCUUUAAUGGAUAUGUCUCCAUUAUGGGAUAUUGAUAUCAAAUGUACUCAGAAACCCACAUGUUUUGUUUGGUGUGGAACUGAAGCAUUGGUAUUAAACUGGAACACUCGACUUUUAAUUGUGGGUCCUGAAAAAGAUGUUAUCACAAAUGUCCUAGAUACUCCAGUGCACCUGGUUGAGGAAAUUGAUGGUGUAAGAAUUAUCAGCAAUUUGGUGCAUGAAUUUUUGGAAAAAGUUCCAGAGGUUACCCAGAAUGUUUACAAAAUAUUAUCCAUGCAUCCUGGUGCCAUGUUGAGACAAGCAUCUAAAGAAUACCAGCGUCGCAGCCAGCAUGCUGAUGAACAUCUACGAAUGAUUGAUCGAAAGGAUGAAGCAGUUGACCAGUGUAUUCGUGCAGCUGGCCAUCAGCUAGAACCAAGUGAACAAAAAGAACUCUUACGGGCUGCUGCAUUUGGCAAGAGUUUUCUGACUGAUUAUUCUGCAAAAGAAUUCAUGACAAUGUGUCAAAAAUUACGAGUUCUUAACCAGAUAAGACAUUACAGCAUUGGAAUUCCUCUUACAUUUACACAAAUGGAGACGUUAACCAUAGAAGUUGUUAUUGACCGUCUGGUCCUUCGGAAACACUUUUUCCUGGCCAUUCGUAUUUGUCAAUUCCUGCAUAUUCAUGACACAGAGGGUGUCAGCCGUAUCCUAGCCCACUGGGCUUGUUAUAAGGUACAGCAAAAGCAUGAAAGUGAUGAAUCACUUGCUUACGCCAUCUCCCAAAAAUUGGGAGACACUCCAGGUGUCUCUUAUUCAGAGAUUGCCAGUAAAGCUAUAGAUUGCGGUCGGGAAGAAUUAGCAAUUGGGCUUUUGGAAUAUGAACCCAAAGCCUCAGAACAGGUUCCAUUGCUAAUGAAAAUGAACAGAAAUGAGUUGGCACUUUUGAAAGCCAUUGACAGUGGGGAUACAGAUCUUGUGUAUACAGUAUUAUUAAAGUUACAAGAUUCUAAUGCAACAGAUUUGCACCGACAAAUCCGGAAUCUUCCAAUGGCAUAUCAUCUCUACCUGCAGUAUUGUCGCCAGCAGAACCGUAAGAAGAUGCAGAACAUUUAUUAUUCUGAAGACAACUACUUAGAAGAAGGAACUUGUCACGUGAUUGACAGUUAUUCAUAUGAGAGGUUAGAGGACCGUUUCUCUGCCUUGAAAGAUGCACUGCUGUCUUACAACAAAUCAAGGCAUGAUUUCGUUAUCAAGCAAACAGACGAUCAAAUCAAACUGCUUGAACAGCAAGUGAAACUGGAAGAAGAGUUCAACCGUCCAUAUAUUGACCUGAGCCUUCAUCAGACAAUUCACAGAUUGAUAGUUGAUGAUAGGAUGAAACAAGCGGAGACUCUUCGAAAGAUGUUCAAAGUUCCUGAAAAACGAUUUUGGUGCCUUAAGAUCAAUGCUUUGGCCGAGUCUGGCCAGUGGGCUGAACUGGACAAAUUCUCUAAAAGUAAAAAACCUCCAGUUGGAAUGGAGGCUUUUGUUGAGGCUUGCAUGAAAUAUAACAAUCCUUAUGAGGCCAGAAAGUAUCUGCCCAGGGUGCAACCAGAAAACAGAGUACGAUGUCUUCUUCGGACAGGGCAAAUGAAAGAAGCUGCAGAUGCUGCUUUUGAAAACCGCAGUGAAGAUGAACUGAAUAUUUCCUACAUCAUUGCCACCUGUCAAAUGCCAGAGGCUUUUUGCCAGUUUAGUAAAUAUCUAUAA